CAACGCACAAAAAAGGAAACGUGAAGAGCAAAAGAAAACAGAAAGGAGACGACUAUGGUCGGAGACGCGAGCAGAAGCCGGAGACCGUCGCCGGCGCCUCCGUCGUUUCCCGUUGAUCCGAACCUACCUCGAUGGGUGUGCCAGAACUGCCGCCACUCUCUCUCCGUCGUCGGCGUCGAGUCCUACGCUGACAAGUUCUUCAACGAUCCCUCUCGAUCCGGGAUGCAAGCUUCGGUCCAAGGGAGUGUUUUGGGCUCUAGUCGAAUGGACCAGUCCUUUGUGGUUCUGUCAAAACAAAAGGCACAGGGCCAUGGUAUGCCUCCCCGCCCUCGAAGUGUGCCGUCGCAGCCUGAGGGUGGCCACUCUUCAAAGGCAAUGGAGGAAUCAUUUGUGGUGCUGCCUCCUGCUGCUGCGUCCAUGUACAAGAGUGAUUCUCCUUCAGAGGGUGGUGGAACUCAGUUGCCAGCUUCUGGUGUGAAUCAAAGUAGUAAUUUGCACCCAAAUGUUGCCGGGUUUCACUCCACCAUUACAGUAUUGAAUCGGGCAUUUGAUAUUGCCACUUCUCAGACACAGGUUGAGCAACCUUUAUGUUUGGAAUGCAUGCGAGUUUUGUCAGAUAAACUUGAUAAAGAGGUUGAAGAUGUGAAUAGGGAUAUUAAAGCUUAUGAAGCUUGUCUUGAACGUUCUGAGCUUGAGUCCUUCAAUGUUCUGAGUGAAGCUGAUUUUCUUCGUGAGAAGAUGAAGAUCGAGGAAGAAGAGAGGAGACUUCUAGCUGCAAUCGAAGAAGCAGAAAAGCAAUGCUCAGAAGUUAAAGCUGAAAAGCAAGAGUUGGAGUCAAAAUCUAAGGCCUUUAAAGAACUAGAGGAAAGGUAUUGGCAUGAAUUCAAUGACUUCCAGUUCCAGCUUAGCUCACAUCAGGAAGAAAGAGAUGCAAUUUUGGCGAAAAUAGAGGUAUCCCAGGCACAUCUGGAACUGCUGAAACGCACCAAUGUGCUGAAUGAUGCCUUCUUUAUUUGGCAUGAUGGGGAGUUUGGAACUAUUAACAAUUUCAGACUUGGUCGUCUUCCCAAGAUACCGGUGGAAUGGGAUGAAAUCAACGCUGCUUGGGGACAGGCAUGCUUGCUUCUUCACACAAUGGCUCAAUAUUUCAGACCAAAAUUUCCAUAUCGAAUCAAGAUUCUUCCAAUGGGGAGUUAUCCACGUAUAAUGGACAACAGCAACAACACUUAUGAACUAUUUGGUCCGGUAAACUUAUUUUGGAGCACACGGUAUGACAAAGCAAUGACAUUGUUCCUUACAUGCCUUAAAGAAUUCUCUGAGUUUGCACAUUUGAGAGAUCAAGAAAACAAUGUACCACCCGAUAAAUGUUUCAAACUUCCUUACAAGAUCGAGAAUGAUAAAGUGGAGAACUACACCAUCACACAGAGUUUCAAUAAGCAGGAGAAUUGGACGAAGGCCCUCAAAUACACACUCUGCAAUCUGAAAUGGGUGCUAUAUUGGUUUGUAGGGAACACGAAUUUCCAGCCUCUUUCUUCGAGUGGAUCGUAUCAUACUGAAGUUGCUGCCGUUGGAUCUCUAAAUGCCAAACAAUCUGCUUGACCUCAGAAGCUCAUUGCACGUGUAUAGAACUACACUAUGCGUUUGGCCUAAUAAUGUACAUAGUUUAUGGAAAUGGGAAUGUACGUGUAGAUUGUAUUAAAAGUUGGCAUUGUUAAAAGGAGGGUGCAUGCGGCUUCCCGGCUUCUUCAGAUCAAGCAAGGGGAUGAAUUCUUGUGGUUAUUUGUUAUUUACUUGUUUCUUUUUCUAGUUUUAAUGAGAAAAGGAAAAGUAAAGACGACGGAAAAAAAAAGUUUACAAUUUCUUUCUUA